UAGAAUAGUCUAGCCGUCCAACGGCAGAGAUCUUUCUCCAUCAAAAAUUAUACGCUCUGAAAUGUCUGCAAAUCGAAGAAAUUUAGAUCUUCUAAUGUAGAAAAUGAUGACUGGAAUAAGAAAAUGCAAAAAGAAUGAUCCGAAAUGAAACAGAAGUCAUAUCAUAGAGGCUCCUUUUAUCUUUGUCGCUGUGAAUAAUUAUGAAUGACUACGCCUACGUCGAAGAUCUUCUGAAGAUCCACCUGUCUGAAUCGCAGUUGCCAUCGACAAGAUCCUCACACGUUGAUCUUGAAUACAAAAUCAGUGUACCGAUUUGAUACUCGUCCUUUUUUUCGAGAUCUUCUCCAUCUCAACAUGUUUCCUUUUUCCAUCCUCCACCAGGAUAGCUGUCCCCUCAUGACUUUAGAUGUGAAAUGUACUUGGACGUCCUAUCAGGAUCUACAUUAUUUUCUCGUUUAAGUAGUUGUAGUUGUGCAUCUACAUCUUCAAGCGUGUAGAUGGAGAACCCAUUGUACCUCCACGGCACCACUUAAGUAGCCCAAAAGCAGGUUAGCUCCCAUGAUCAUUCUCGACAUCAUGUAGAGCUACUAGUUCAACAAAUAUUCCAUCAAAAAAUGGACCAGCGCGAACGAAUGCUGUCGUGUCUGCCAGACGAUGCAGGUGAGCUGGAGGCCUUGGGCCUUGCGCUACCCAGGACCAGCACUGCCGAAACUUCGACGUGCACAACUUCUGGCUCCUCUGGUUCUAGUGCUAUUGCAUCAUCUAGUUCUAGCGCUAGUAGUACAGCAACUUCAACAUCAACGUCAACUUCAUCGACUUUUUCUGGAAGGAUACCAAACUUUCGGAUGAAUGUUGGCUCCUGUGGUGGGCUUGAUGGAGCAGAUACUUACACUAGUCGUACGUGUGGUAGUAGGGCAGGAGCUGCCUCAUCGUCCUCGUCUUCGUCACUGCUCAAUGUCCCGUCGUCUGCUCCGCUUAGAGUCCGGGUACCAGAGAAGUUCGUCAAGAUGCUUAGGAAACGAAGAAUGAAGGGCCUCUCGGUGAAAAACGUGGAGCCACCUCUACUCAGUGUUGUGAAGCUGCCAAAACUUCCUGUAGCACAAGCACAAAGCAAUGCAGCGCGAAUCCCAGAACUCUCAACCGACACACUUGUCCAAAAAAUGCAAAUCGAGGAUGAGAGUGUAGCACCACAAGCAGGAGGUCCUCCUGCUCUAGUACUUCAGGAGCAGCAGGAUCAGCCAGAAGAAGUAGUAGACGUAGUCUUUUCUGGGGAGAAGCAGCAGAAUAAAGGGGGUGGCAAAAAGAACGGGGCCAAAGCAGGUCUGAUCUCCAGAGACACGAUAAAGAGUCUGCAGAGCGCGAUAGCUGUGGCGAACGGAGAAAAAUUCGGAAAAGGUCGUAAUAGAAAAGGCAACUCUUCCUCUACUUCUAAGGGAGGUAGCGGCAAAAGUACAGCUAACAAGACUUCUACUACCACAUUGGACACAGCUAUUGACGAAGCAAAAGCUAAACUUCUUAGGGAGAGCGAGAAUAAAGAACUUCUAAAGCUGAAACGAGAUGAAGAUCAUGAUGCCUCUGCUUGUAGUUCAGGUGCGGUUGUUCCCGGUAACGAAGUCGGACAAACUCUGCGGGACAUCCUGACACAGAGAACUUCAAAUCGUAACUGGCGCUCAGGGAUUGCUAAGCGGGUUUUGUCCUUCUUAAAGGAACAGGCUGCAAAGCGAGAGGCAGGUCCGAAGAAGCGAAAGUUUGUCAUAGAUGUUGCGGAGUUACUUCAUUCAAUACCACCUGGUGGACAAGGCCAAGGGGAAGUCGGAUGUUCAUCUUCCCUUGUUGAGGAUCAUCUUCAUGGGAAGCAUGAAACUUGUUCACCUUCUUCCACAUCAACAUCUUUACCCCUAGUUUGCGGUCGUGAGCGUAUCCCUUAUUGCACUGCCAAGUCGCAUUUGCCCUUGACUUGGUGCGUGCGUCCUGCACAGGAUGGUUCUGGCGCUCUCGAUUUAGUGCCGAUUUUCCGCUCUCUCGUUUUCCAGCAAGCAGGCACACCUGACCAAGUACCUAGAGCACUGAUGGGUGAUUACAAGCAGUACGUUUGUCAAGAUGUUGAGCAUGAACAUCAACAUGAUCAAGCUGCUAGAGGGAGAGCGGCAGGGACAUCAACAUCAGCAUCACGAAAGCCUUCACGGACAGGAGUCCAAGCCCAGCUUCGUGCUCCCUACACGAUCGAGGAAGCAGAGACCCUGAUUCGUCGUAGAAAGCUCCAGCGACGACGCGAGUGGCUCCAGAUGGAACGGCUUGCUCUGCGCGCUGGCUUUACGCUGUCCGAACGGGGUCCGCCGCCAGGUGCUGGCCAGGUAGACCAAUGGACAGCGACGCACUGGGGUGGGAACCGUGAAGACCUAGACCGCGGUGACGAAGGUGACGGUUUCGCUGACGACGAAGCCGAUUUGUGCGGAUGGGAUGACGAUAAAGUGAAAGAGGAGGUGGAAUUGAACAAGCCAGAAGACGAAGGUGGAAGUACUGGUAGUGUAGUUGCUGAUGCUGCUAGACUAGGUGCAGGCGGAAGCAACGAUAAGGAAAGAGAGGAUCUUCGAGAUGGAAAGAAGUCGAAAAAGAGAAGAUCAACAUCCUCGUCAGGUUGUAGUAGCACGUCUGACUCUGAUGAUGGAUCCACGUCAAGUAGUUCAGAUGGUGAGCCAAAGACCAAAUCGUCCAAAAAGCGGAAAAAAAAUACUACUCGAAGUGAAGAUGAAGAUGACUUCAGUGACUCUGAAGAAGACGGUUCUUCCACGAGGACUUCUUCUCAACGUGGUGCUCAAAACAAGCUCAACGUCAAGAAGAGGAGAAAGAGAAAUGCAACAACUCCUUCUACGUCCAGUUCCUCUACACCUGCUAGUAAUGAUCGUCUAAAUCUUCAGGAUGAGGAUGAGGACGAAGAACUCUCUCUAAACCUCUCUCCCGACAGCCUAUCCGCAGAUAUUCACGCAGCAUUAGCUCGAUUGAAGAACCAAGAAUCGAACAACACGGCCGAGGCCAUCAUCAAGUCUGAAUCGCUCUCUAACCGAACUGCCGUAAGCGAAUUCACCAAAGAGGAACAGCGAAAGCAAGCCCUUGCCGAGAAGAAAAAGCAAGCUGCGAGAAGUGCGAAGAACAAGAAAACUGUGAUCACCAAAGCGGAUGAGAAAAAGAUACGGCUAUUUGCGAAGCUCCAGUCGAAGCUGUUGAAGCAUAUCCAAUCAGACAGUCAAAGAGGUCAGAUAACGCCGAAAGAGCUCAAACUCUGGAUGACAGAGGAGAAAUGUAGUUCGGAAGAACAAGCUAUCCAAAUUCGUAACUACCUCUACGAAAUCGCUUCAGCAGAAAAGGAUACGUCUAGUGGCCAAUUGGUUUUCUACUUGAAUGCGGAGCACUAUGAUUGGGAUCACGAGGUGGUGGAAUAGGGUUAGGGACUUCGAGUAUUCAUUUUUUUUGAGUCGCAGACUGACGCCAGAGGAAAAUGCCUUCUCUCUUGUUACCCUUACCUCCGCGUGAACACGAUUAGUACUUACCUUUACUUACAACUUUGUCCCCGACAAGAGCCCCAACCUGAUGGCAGCCCCAAGGAUUCCCUCUCAACCCAGCGACAUCAAAACCUCAACUCCGAUUGAACACAAAAUCAGAAAUUUUAAAGACUGUCAGGUCCCCGUUCUACAGAUGUUCGCGUCGUAAGAUUCGAUACUUUGCUCUGAUCAUGUUGAUUAAAU